UAUCUCACUCACCACCACUAAAUUCUACUCAAAAACUCUACCACUUUCCCUUCUUAUUACUACCACUACACCAUCACCUACAACACUAGCUUUCUAUUCUUACAUAUCUUACUACCUACACCCCCCUUCUUUUUUAUUAUCUUUCACAAUGCUUCAUCAACAUCAUCAACAACAGAUUCAGAAUAAUAAUAUUGAAAUGGAAAAUAACUCAGAACUCUUUCAAUUCAUUGUUGCUAACAACCCUUCAUUCUUUGACUAUUCAAAUCCUACUAUGAUGCAACAAAGUUUAUGUAGUUCUUCUGAUAAUAAUAACUAUUACCACCCCUUUGAAGCUUCUGAAAUUACUGAUACACCCUCCCAACAAGAUAGAGCUUUAGCUGCUAUGAAGAAUCAUAAGGAAGCUGAGAAGAGAAGGAGAGAGAGAAUCAAUUCUCAUCUUGAUCAUCUUCGCACUCUUCUUCCUUGCAACUCCAAGACGGAUAAGGCCUCACUUCUUGCUAAAGUUGUCGAGCGAGUGAAAGAAUUAAAGCAACAAACAUCUGAAAUCACAGAAAUCGAAACAGUUCCGUCUGAAACCGAUGAAAUAACCGUCAUCUCAGCUGGUGGAGACAUCACAGGAGAAGGCAAACUAAUAUUCAAAGCUUCAUUAUGUUGCGAGGAUCGUUCUGACCUAAUCCCAGACCUAAUCGAAAUCCUCAAAUCUCUUCGCCUCAAGACUAUCAAAGCCGAAAUUUCCACACUUGGCGGAAGAACGCGGAAUGUUCUUGUUGUUGCUGCUGAUAAAGAACAUAAUAGCAUUGAAUCAAUUCAUUUUCUUCAGAAUUCGCUUAGGUCUUUGUUGGAUAGAUCUAGUAAUUGUAAUGAUAGGUCUAAACGGCGUCGUGGGUUGGAUCGAAGAAUGAUGCCUUAAUGAAGAUUGAUUUGCAGUGAAAACUGAAAAGUGUGAAGAGUGAUGAUGACCUUGUUUUCAUUCCCCAGAAUUAUGUACGUUCAGUUAUUUGUAAUAGGAUUUGUUUGUUUUUUUGUUGGUUUUUGGUUUUAGGGCCUUGGAAGGAACAAGGUUAUCUAUGUCAUGUGAUUUUCGAAUAUGAUUUUUACAUGAAUACGUAAAUUGUCUGUUAAACGAAUGCU